AUGAAGUUUAUCUUCUUGUGGGCUCUCUUGAACCUGCCUGUUGCUUUGAACUUUGAUCCAGAUUACAAAGAUGCCAUCACCCCUCCUUACAUGGUCUUCUUGAAAUCUGAUUACUUGCCCUGUGUUGGCGUCCUGAUCCACCCUCUCUGGGUGCUCACAGCUGCACACUGCAACUUACCGAAGCUUCUCUUAAUACUGGGGGUUACAAAACCAUCAGAUACAAAAGAAAAACAUCUACAAGUGGUUGGUUAUCAGAAGAUGAUCCAUCACCCACAAUUCUCAGUCACUUCUAUUGAGCAUAACCUCAUGUUAAUCAAGCUGAAAAGCUAUAUCGAACUCAAUGACUACGUGAAACUGGCCAGCCUGCCCAAGGAACCCGCCGCUGAGAACACCGUGUGCACGGUGUCCACCUGGGCCUACAACAUGUGUGACCUCUACAAGGACCCUGACUCACUGCAGAAUGUGAACAUCUCUGUAAUCUCCCAAUCUCAGUGUCAUGCUGCCUAUAAAACGUACAACAUCCGAGAAAGUAUGAUGUGUGUGGGCAUUGUGCCGGGAAGGAGGCAGCCCUGCAAGGAAGUCACAGCGGCCCCAGCAAUAUGCAAUGGCAUACUUCAAGGAAUCCUGACUUUUGCGGAUGGAUGUGUCUUGAGAGCCGAUGUUGGUAUCUAUACCAGAAUUUUUAACUACAUGUCCUGGAUUGAAAAUACCAUCCGGAAGAACUGAGCUCCCAUGACAGGAAUUCUAGACCAUAUGACCAUCUGUCCCCAAGUCCAGCCUCAGAAUUAAA